CCCCCGCCCCGCCCCCGGCCGCAGAAGGUCGCUGCGCGUGCCGCGGCUCCCUCGCCCCGCCAUGGUGCGGAGAAAGCGCGCUUCGCCGCCUCCGCCGCCAGGCAGGCGCCCUCCCGCAGUCAAAGCUGGAGGUAUGAGAGUGUCUAAAAAGCAAGACAAUGGACCUGUUGAAAAACAUGCUAAACCUCCAGGAAAAGAAAAGACAAGUGCUGUUGCCACUUUUUCAAAAACUCGGAACAUGGGUGUCUUGCUAGCAGAAGUUCUGGGCAAAAUGAACCACAGAAUUCAUGCAGCAGCAUUACAAGUGCCUCACCAAAAGCCACAGCCUGCCUUGGAGAAGUUCAUACUGCCUAAAAGAAUUUACACUAUUCAACAGCCACGGAAAUGUUAAGAUACUCAUAAAAUACUCAUGUUUACUUAAAAGUGAGUUUCUAUUCUAAAUAGCACUUAGCACACUGUACUAAAAUGAUCAAAAGCUGCAUGCCUUAUUUACUGUAUUUCUGUCAUUGACAAUAAAAUUAUAAGAAGAGUUACUAAAUGUACUUGGGAUUUAUUAAAAUAUCAUGGCGUCUAA